AUACCCCUCAACUGUUUUCACACAGGGUUACGCUGAAGAAAUUAUAAGGCACUAUGCUGGUACUUGCCACUGAACCAAACUAUACUUUCUAUGGGCAGUAAGACGUGGAAUGGAGUUUUACUUGUUCACAGUACGACCAGAAUGCUUGCCCUCCGACUCACCGUGUCCGCCCUCCUCUUCUGUGGGACCUGUGGUUUCUCCAGGUACUGGUUUAACCAGCUUAACAACUGCAACCCUCCUGAGCAACUGGUGGGGAAGUUCUGUGCUGUUGUGGUGGACAACGACGUCGACGAUGACGGCAUAGUGGACUUCAGAGACGUUCAAAAACAAAUCCUGUAUUUUGACUACGACGAUGACCCUUGCAGCUUGCAGCAGUGGGAGGUCGUGACCAGGUGGACUUGUAGGUACGGCUACUCCGAGGACUACGCCCGAUUCAUGUACACGCUCUGGGACCCCAACAAAGAUGGCGUUGUGAACGCAAAUGACUUCACUGGAUUCAAUUUUUCCACUAUCGACUUCUUAUCGAUUCAAUAUAUUCGUUUCAAGGACAUGUACUGCGGUGACCCGAAAAACAGGGAGAACCCCGUUGACCGAGUCCAGUGUGCCGAGGUGGAUGCACUUAAGCCAGAUGACAUCAAGUGCACAUAAGGAUGACCCACAAUCACCUGCAACGGACCUGUCAUUUAAUGCUUGAAAAAAAUUAUUAUGCUUUAGACCGUUGAAAAAAAGAAACUGACACCAAAAAUGCCUCUUUGCCACGUUUAGUUUAAAACAUAUCUGGAGUUGCAGUUGUUACUGAAACAUAUCCAGUUUCCCUCCAAAAUCCCAGCAGAUUAUCGGAAACUAAUGUAGACACGUCAAUAAAGCUGUUGGAAAUAA